CGGCUCUGCUCACUGGUGUUGCCUGCAUUGUGGGAUACCUGGUUGUGCGGGUGAAAAAGAUCAACAGCCUCCGACAGGCAGAGGAAAAGAUCAAGAGAGCCAGAAACAGGAGAGAUGAGAGCUUGCAGCGGGCAGUGCAGGCGGUGCUCCGGUACAAACAGUCGCAUCCGACAACCGACUCUACUUUCAUCCUGACACUCUCCCUGUCUGAGCUGACACAGCAGCUAAAGGAAGGCUCACUUACCCCUGAGGAUGUGCUUUACUCUUACAUGGAAAAGACUCUGGCUGUAAACAAAAAGCUGAACUGCUGCACUGAAAUUUUGCUGGAGAGUUUGGACCAGCUGACAACUGUUGGCUCCAACAAGGAUGGUCUCUUGUACGGAGUUCCAGUUAGCAUCAAAGAAAAUAUUGCAUUUAAGAAUCAUGACUGUUCUUGUGGUGUGCUCAUUAACCUGGACCAGCCCGCUGAAAAGGACAGUGUGCUUGUUCAAGUCCUGAAGAAACAAGGAGCUAUUCCCUUUGUGAAAACCAACUUGCCUCAAGCUCUUUUGAGCUGUGACUGCAGUAAUCCUAUCUACGGGCAGACUGUGAACCCUCAUAACCCCCAGAAGACCUCUGGAGGUUCAACUGGUGGGGAGGGGGCUCUCAUCGGGGGAGGGGGCUCCCUGCUUGGUAUAGGCACUGAUCUAGGUGGCAGUAUCCGUAUUCCUGCAUCCUUCUGUGGAAUCUGUGGUUUCAAACCAACAGCGGGUCGGCUCAGUUCACAGGGAGUUUGUCCAACUUAUAGAGGGCAAAAGUCAGUGCUAUCUUCACCUGGACCCAUGGCAAGAGAUGUGGACAGCCUGGCUCUGUGCAUGCAGGCACUUCUUUGUGACCACAUGUUUUCUUUGGACCCCACUGUUCCACCAUUACCUUUUAACAUGGAGAUAUACAGAACCACCAAACCUCUAAGGAUUGGUUGUUUGGAAAACGAUGGCUACAUGCAUCCAUCUCCAAGCAUGGCCCGAGGCGUUAGAGAGGUGAAAGCUCUGUUAGAGCAAGCAGGACACACAUUGGUCCCUUACCAUCCACUGAAGAUGGAUGAAAUUUUCCCUGAACUAAUGGUAAAGGGUUUUUUAGCAGAUGGAGGUACCAGCCUGUUAACCAAACUGAAGGGGGGACCCGAGGACCCUUGUCUGAAGGGACAGUUUCAUCGUUACCGUCUUCCUAAGUGGUAUAAGACAAUCCAUUCAUUUCUGCUCAAAUCUAAGUCUCCUCGUGUCUCUGCCAACAUGAGGGCUCUUUGUGGAGUUCGAUCUGUUCCUGAGCUGUGGAAGCAACAUGCUGCUGUUGAGGACUACAUUCAAGAGACAAUAGCACAUUGGAGGAGCUGCAACAUCGAUGUACUACUGUGCCCUGUGAUUGGACCAGCCUACAACUUGUUUUACUGUAGCAAAAUUCCAACUGCUAUUAGUUACACAGUUGUCUACAAUCUCCUUAACUUUCCUGCGGGUGUAGUCACUGUUUCCACAGUGACCGCAAAGGAUGAGGAGGAACUCAAGCACUACAAGGGCUGUUAUCAGGACAUGUGGGACAAACUCUUCAAAGAGGCAGUGACUGGAGGCGAGGGUCUACCUGUGGCGGUCCAGUGUGUUGCUCUGCCGUGGCAGGAUGAGCUCUGCCUGCGCCUAAUGAAGGAAGUGGAACAACUGGUCAAAAAGAGCAAGAAGUAAAGCUGCUUUCUUUCUCAGUCUCACAGGAGAGGCUGCAGACUUCAGAGGAGACAUGUUAACUUGAGUUUUCCCCAUAAAUGCUAUUUAAAUGUGUCAAAGGGUUGAGCAUCUUCUGCACUGCCAGUAGGGUUGACUGGGGUUGGUUGUCACACUGUUUCACUUGCAUGCAUCGUUGAUGAUUGAAACCCUUAUAUAGGAUUGGUUGUCACGAGUUUUGGGCUUUGUUGUCACUUUGUUGUAAUUAUCAAGUGAGCUUCAGUAAAAAAAAAUAUACAAACAAAA